UUGCGCGACCAAUGAGGAACUGGUUGCGAGUUGGUAAACAGUCUCAAUUCCGAGUUUGCAGUUUGUCUUUCAGAGAUUAUCUCCAGUACGCAUAUAUAUACUACUUGGAUAUUAGUGUGCAGUCGUUCGAGUGCGAGCAAUACUCGCAUAGAUGCAUCAGGUUGGCGUUUCUACCGCAGACUCUUCACGAACCUCUGAUUACUUCACCACUUCAACACGGCCCAGCGUGAAACUGAAACUACUAUAUACAGAAAAAGCCAAGUGAGAGUUAACUGUAGCACGUGGGUGAUCAAACAUUAACCAGCGAUCAUGAGUGCAGGAAAUGAUUUAUUUCAGUUGUGCACUGUAGUAGGUUUGAUCACUGUUUCAAAGCAGCUCCUUACAAGUGUUCAAGUGUCUCCAGGAUGAUGACCAAUACCUCCUUCUACAUAUGGUACUUUCUGAGCUUGGGCUUGGGCCUGGCCUGCGUGGUGUGCGUGUGUUUGUGGAACAGCCAGUGGCGUGGUGGUUUUGCCUGGGACGGCUCUUCCCGUCAGUUCAACUGGCACCCGGUCCUGAUGGUAACGGGCAUGCUGGUGCUGUACGGCAAUGGAGCUGUGUUGUACCGUGUCCCCCUGAAUUGGGGAGCGAAUAAACGUCCUCGGAAGCUGCUGCAUGCUGCACUGAUGCUCAUCGCGGUGAUACUUUCAGUUAUUGGACUUUGUGCUGUUUUUGGCAAUCACAAUGCCUCGAAAAUCCCCAAUUUAUACUCCCUGCACAGCUGGAUUGGAAUCACCACUGCAGCUCUCUUUGCCACACAGUGGGCUGCAGGGAUGGCUGUCUUCCUCUUUCCGUGGUGCCCUGGUUCAUUGCGUAAACUGCUGAAACCCCAGCAUGUCUGGAUGGGAGGGGGUCUCAUGACUCUUUGCAUUGCAGCCUGUAUCUCGGGCAUUAACGAAAAACUGUUCUUUGUACUGAAAGGAAAUACCAAUGGGUCUCAGCCGUAUUCUCAACUUCCCACCGAGGCCUUGCUCGGAAAUUCAUUAGGAGUCUUGAUCGUAGCUUUUGGCUUAGUUGUCCUCAAGAUUUUGUCCACUCAUGAGUGGCAGUGGCCAGAAAGCCAGCCUGCAGAUCUGACCUACACUCCAUUGCUCGAUGAAGAAAAUACGUAAUGGAAAUUGCACCCAAAGCCAAAUUGGAGAAGUCAAUGGAACCAAAGAAGACAUUUUAAGUUCUGUCUUGGGUGUUUAAAUAAGCAAGACGUUUUUUUUUUCUGUUCCCAGAAAUAUUUGUGUGUUUGAAUAAUAGUGUUUGUAAAUCACUUAUGACAUAAUCCCCAUUGUGGGAUUAAUAAAGGUUUAUUCUUA